AUGGUUGGGAUUUACAGCGACAGGGACGGGGAGGUGGAGGGGGAGGACGUUGACCUGCAGCGGACACAGGGAAGAGGGUAUCCGCGGGGGAGCCAGCCCAGCUCCUCCCAGCCCGCUCGGCACCAGCCCGCCAGCUGUCCUGGCCAUCCCAUCGGUCCCCGCGAGUUCCAUGCCCAGCAAACUACCUCCGCCUCGUCCGCCCCCUCCCACGGUAAUAGCAGCAACAGCAGCAGCAGCAGCGGCGACGGCCAGGUGAAGGUCAAUGUGACGGUACUCGCCAAGACCAUUACCGUGCCGUACAGUGUGCAAACCUUGAGCGGCGGCGCUACCGCGUGCCCACCCUGCGACGUGUCCUUGUUGGCAAAGCUGCGAAGGGGCGUAGCCACAGCGGCACGAGCGCUCCUGGAAAACACGGCCACGGCGUGUACAGUACAGAAGGAAGGUACGAUGGCACGGCGGCAGCUGCAGCGGCAGCGGCGGCGGAGGAUCCUGGCGGAGGCAACGGCGGCGGCGCCGCCGUCGAUUUUCAACGACCCGCAGACCUUAGCCACCCAGGUCUCCAGAGCGUUGAACGUGGCAGUCCAGGUGAUCGGUGUGGACGAUCCGGAGGUCUCCGGUGAAGCCCUGAUCUCCCCGACUUCCAACACUGCUGCUGGUGGGACCGUCGUCACCGGUUCCGGCGGCGGCGGUGACGACGAGGGCAAGCGCAGCAGCCAUAUUAGUACGGGCGCCGUUGUGGGCAUCGUACUGGGCCUUGUGGGCGGUGCCGUACUGCUGUGGGGCGCGCUGUACUUUGCCCGUCUGGGCCGGCCAAGGUCCGGGAUGCGGUCCACUGCGGCAACGGCGCAGUACGACAGCCGCCGAGGCGUGGAUGGGGUCGACCCACGGGUCAUUUUGUGGCAGAACACGUGCGCGGAGGCCGCCGUGGCGCGGAAUGGCGGACCUCAGCGCACCCACUACCCGACAUUGGCGCAAGUACAGCAUGUAAUCGCGGUUCCGGAGCCUCCGCGACGUAAGCGCAUGACAGAUUUAAACGUGGACAUGGUCGCCGGUUCUAAUCAAUACGCAACCUAG